UUGUCGCGUCUAAUGGGCGUGUACAGGAGCGCAGAUUCAGGACCGACAGACUGAUGACCUGAACAGGAGACACUCUUUGUGGCUUUAUGAUCAUCUGUCGAAUAUAGUUUUGGAAAGCGUGAACAAACUGUGAGUGUUGAAGAUAUGACGACCACCACCACGUUUCAAGGCAUGGACCCGACCGCGAGGAACAGCUCCAGAGUGCUGCGUCCACCUGGUGGAGGUUCAAAUAUUUGCUUUGGCACAGAUGAAGAGAAACCUGUGAAAAAAAAUAAAAUGGCAUCUAGUAUAUUUGCUGAACCUGAGGACCCUCAUGCCCAUCGGAGGAACAAUCCACCAGGUGGGAAACCUACAGGUGUGUUGUGCGGAGAACCAUCUGCCCCUCUCAGAAGGUGUACUGCUCAACCAGUCAUCCACAGUAACAGCACAGUUGACAAUAAUGUACCUGUGAAUGGUGAUGAAGGCCCAAUCAGUGUCGAUAGCACAGAAGAACCUGAACCUGUUCAGGAGCAGAAUGAGACUGCAGCUCCUUCUUCCCUGUCUACAACUGAGGAGCCUGCCGCUGGGGUUCCCUCCGGCCGCAGAAACCCACCGGGGGGCAAAUCCUCGCUAAUCUUAGGCUAAAGAUUUGCCUGAUUUAAGGAUAAGAUCUGGGCCUAUGCGAAAUGAGCAUCUCAGAGUUCAUGUGCUGUUCUGUGGUCAGUGCUCAUCCUCCGCGUAACUGUUUCUAAAAUGACAAACUGAUUCAAGUGAUUCAGAUCAGUACAAUUUAGUGACUGAAGCAUGUCACAAAUCUCUGAGCUUGUUCAAAGAAUAUCUUUGAAUGUGUUAAGUGUUGGUGCCUUGGUCUUGUCUUGACUGAAGAGCCUUGAUAAAUGAAGAGCAGAUCCCGGUUAUGCACUGCUACUCUCAGAUUCCACAAACCAUAGGCCACAAUUUGCCAUCACAGUUCUGCCAUUCAAUACAUUUUGCCAUCAAUGGUCAGCAUUUAGUAAGUUAAACUCCAUUCAUGUAAGCCUAAAAAAAUUUCUCCCUGUUUCAGUGUAUGUUUUAAGUUUUGUCAGCACUUUAUGAACCAUGGUGCCCAAUUUGUGGUGCCUCAAGCCUGCUGAUGAACUAUUCUAUAUCACAUCAAUCACUGCAAACAUUUGUAAAUGUGAGGAAAAAGAAUAAGCAUUGAUUUACUGAGUGCUGAAGUCAUAAAACAAAACAAAAAUCGUAACAUCUGGUUAAUCAGUUCCACAUUAAAUCAUUGCUUGUGCAAACAGGAACGUGGUUAUAAGAGCAACAACCUGAGAGUGCAAUGAACUGUUCUAGUCAUGAACAGGUGUGCCAGAAAAGGUGCAUGCGAGCAAGCUAUUAGUCGUGUUUGUUACAGAACAUAAAGUAAUAAAAUGUGUACACAAGUACAAACAUCAGCCAGUGUACAGCCAUUGUUUUUUCAACAAGAAUCUUCUUAUUGCCUUGUUAUUUUACACAUGCCAAAAAGUCUUUUUUUUUAAAUACAUUAACUUUUCUCAAAAUGAAAUGAAUAAACAAAUAAAACUUGUAUGAAUGAAACUGUCUGUGUCGUCCUGAGAAUAGAUAGCAAAGUCGCUGUCAUUCAGUCCAAAUACCUUAUUGGUAUAGGCCUGUUCAUAAGAGUGUAUUAUAUAGAGUAAGCUGUUCUGUGAAAGGGGGUGUUUUAAAGUAACAGCUAUGUCGUCAUAACGAAAGUGAAAGAAUCUUACUGUCAUAACGUGUACACAAAAGCCCUCAAGUCUGCAGGUGGCAGCAGUGCUCUCUCUUUCUCUUUUGAGUGUGUUAUUGUGUAUUUGUCAUUAAAAUGUUUUAUUCCUA